CUGCGGCGCGCUGGGCUCUGCUGCUGGCCGGGCAGGCUUCGCGGGACACCACGGUCUCGGCGUGGGCAGCAUGGAGGAGCGCAGCGAUUCCGAGCCUACCCCGGGCUGUAGCGGCCUUGGCCCGGGUCCCGUUCGCGCUGGCGGCGCCACCCCCCACACGUGGGCUCCCGAGGACGCCUGGAUGGGCACACACCCUAAGUACUUAGAAAUGAUGGAAUUAGAUAUAGGAGAUGCCACCCAAGUUUAUAUAGCAUUCUUGGUUUACCUGGAUCUCAUGGAGAGUAAAAGUUGGCAUGAAGUAAACUGUGUAGGAAUACCAGAACUACAGCUUAUCUGCCUCCUUGGCACUGAGAUAGAAGGGGAGGGGCUACAGACUGUGGUGCCCACACCCAUUUCUGCUUCCCUCAGCCAUAACAGGUGAGUGAGUACUUCUGGUCUUAGUUUAACAAACCCAUUGCCUGUAAGAUUUUUUGUGGUUUUUUUUUCCACUUUUAUAAAUUUUUAUAUUUUUAUCCAUAAUCUUUUCAUUGGCCUUAUUUUUAGUUUUU